GCGAUUGGAGUAAGUGAGGCUAGCAGCGGCGUGCGUUUGAUAGCGGAGAGAUCUCGGCUCUGGGCGGCGGAGGCAGUUGCACCCCACGCGCACUCGACCUGCCCCGGCAGACCCUGCGUUUGAACACGGGACUCGGAGCUGUGGUCAAGGAGGGCAGCCGAAGCCGGUCGCGAGCCAAACAUGAGCCCAGCUGGACUGCCUGCAACUCUGUCAGCAUGGAGGGUGCUGCUGUUGCUCAGCACGCUCAGCCAAGUUUCUGGGAACGGGCUGGAGAAGUGUGGAAGGAAUGAGUUCCACUGCGGAAAUGGAGUCUGCAUACCUUAUAAAUGGAUUUGUGAUGGCAACGCUGAAUGCCAGGAUGGCUCUGAUGAAUCCCUGGAUGCUUGCAAAUCAGUGACCUGUGAACCAAGCCAGUUCAGCUGUGGUGGCCGUAUAAAUCGUUGCAUCGAUAUGUCCUGGAGGUGUGACUCGCAGAUGGAUUGUGAGAAUGGCUCUGAUGAAGAGAACUGCACCCCUAAACCUUGUGCUGAUAAUGAAUUUCAAUGUCAGAAUGGGAACUGCAUUGCGUUGGAUUUUGUCUGUGAUGAAGACCGCGAUUGUUUGGAUGGGAGUGAUGAAGUCGGUUGUGCCGUCCCUACUUGCAACCCUGAGAUGUUUCACUGCAACAACUCAGAGUGCAUUCCUAAGCUCUGGGCUUGUGAUGGUGAUGUGGACUGCAAGGAUGGAUCAGAUGAGUUUCCUGAACACUGUGGGCAGGUCAAGAAAACCAAUCCUUGCCUCCCAUUGGAGUUUCACUGCAGGAGCGGGGAGUGCAUCCACCAGACCUGGCAAUGCGAUGGAGGCUUUGACUGUAAGGACAGAUCUGAUGAGGAGAACUGUGCCAAUGUAACAUGCCGCCCAGAUGAAUUUCAGUGUGACGAUGGUAUGUGCAUUCAUGGGAGCCUGCAAUGCAACAAGAAGGAUGACUGCAAAGAUAAGAGUGAUGAGCUUGGCUGCAUCAAUGUGACAACUUGCAAAGGGCCAAACGUAUUUAAGUGCAGCUCCGGAGAAUGUAUCACAAUGGACAAGGUCUGCAAUGGGCUGAAAGACUGCAGGGACUGGUCAGAUGAGCCCCUGAAGGAGUGCCGAACCAAUGAAUGUUUAGCCAAAAAGGGUGGUUGCUCUCACAUAUGCAAUGACCUCAAAAUUGGAUAUGAGUGUUUAUGUCCUGAGGGCUUCCAGUUAAUCAACCAAAGAAAAUGUGAAGAUAUCAAUGAAUGCCUCAAUCCUGAAGCCUGUAGCCAAGUAUGCGUGAACUUGGAAGGAAGCUAUAAAUGUGAAUGUAAAGAAGGCUAUCAGAUGAAUCCUGUCACCAAGGCUUGCAAAGCGAUAGGCACCAUUGCAUACCUCUUCUUUACCAAUCGCCAUGAGGUCAGAAAAAUGACUCUGGAUCACAGUGAAUAUGUCAGCCUGAUUCCCCACUUGAAAGAUGCUGUAGCCUUGGAUAUGGAAAUUGACAACAACAAAAUCUACUGGUCUGACCUCUCUCAGAAGAAAAUAUAUAGCACCCUGAUAGAUAAAGCUGAGAACCACUCCCACCAUAGCACCGUGAUUAGUAGUGGCAUCAAAGUUCCAGAUGGACUGGCAGUGGACUGGGUGCAUGGCAACAUUUACUGGACUGACUCUGGCCUGGGCACUAUCUCCGUGGCCAGCAGUGAAGGCUCGAAAAGGAAGACCCUCAUCAAGGAAACUGGUGCCAAGCCGCGUGCCAUCGUGGUGGAUCCAGUUCAUGGGUUCAUGUACUGGACUGACUGGGGGAUGUCUGCUAAAAUUGCUAAAAGUGGUCUAAAUGGAGUGGACAACUUUCCCUUGGUGAAAGAAGGCAUUCAAUGGCCCAAUGGGAUAACACUUGACAUAAUCAAGCAGCGCCUCUACUGGGUAGACUCCAAGUAUCACUCUGUUUCCAGCAUUGAUGUGGAUGGGGUAAACAGAAAGACCAUCCUUGUGAAUGAGGAGAAGCUGGCUCAUCCUUUUGCCAUCGCUGUCUUUGAGGAUAAAGUGUUCUGGACAGAUGUCAUAAAUCAAGCCAUUUACAGUGCCAACCGCUUGACCGGCUCAGAUAUUGUCACUGUGGCAGAGAACCUGUUCUCACCUGAUGAUCUGACACUGUUUCACUCUGUGCGGCAACCCAAAGGUGUGAAUUGGUGUGAGAAGAACAACAUCCCUAAUGGAGGUUGCCAGUACCUCUGUCUUCCUGCUCCACAAAUCACUCUUCACUCUGCCAAGUACACCUGUGUCUGUCCUGAUGGUAUGCACCUGGCCACAGACAUGAGAAGUUGCACCAAAGGUAGAGCUGUCCCUGAUGGCCUGGCUUCAGUCACUGCCACAACCAUGCAAUCCACUGCAAGGACUACCCCACCACCGCGGCAGUUCACUGCCACCAAUGCUGCAAGGCAGACAACCAAACAUCUUCCUGCUGCUACAACUGUGCCAUACAGAUCUGCCCCUGGCAUCUCUGAAUAUACCACACCUGACAUGGUCACUCUGUCCCAGCAAGCUCGAAAUGGUAUUGCUGCAGAAACAGACGGAGCAAAGCGAAGUGGGCCACAAGCUCUCUCUAUUGUCCUACCACUGGUACUGAUUAGUUUGGUCUCUUUCGGGGUUUUCCUCAUUUGGAAGAACUGGCGACUCAAGAACACCAACAGCAUCAAUUUUGACAAUCCUGUCUAUCAGAAAACUACGGAGGAUGAGAUUCACAUCUGUCGGAAUCAGGAAGGCUACACAUACCCAUCGAGACAAAUGGUCAGCCUGGAGGAUGAUGCAGCAUGAACCCACUUUAACACCUGACAUGCCACUCUCCAGACCUUGCUGCUUACUUUCUGGGAGAACACCUGUGCCCUGGCUUCAGUUCUCUCUCAACUGUCCGACACCUACCACUUUCCUGAGUGAUGUGAUGGAUCUUUCUCUCCCUCCUUUUUGUGUCCUCUUCGAAGGACUUAUCAAAUGAAGCUUGACAGUCUUGUUGGGGUUACUUAUGUUUUUGUUUUGGCAUAUUUAUUUUUGUACCCAGUGCUGUCAAGACACUGGUGCAUCUUUGUGUUUUAUGUCCAUCCUUACUCUGGGAAGAAUCACUAUGCUCUUACAUGUGAAGGAGAAUAAGAGUUUGACAAAGAGAAGAAGGCCUGUUUCUGGGCUCGGGUUUGGAUAUCUGGGUCCUGUAAUGACCUGGCCUUGGUGCCCUGCUUUUCUUAAAGGACCAGCAGGCAGGCAUGGAUCUAGUGGGAAGGAAGAGGAACCUGAGCCUUGACUGAGACCAGCAGCCAAGGCUGCUUUGUUCAUGGGCCUCUAGUCCCUUUCCUCCAAACCAGACAAGAGAAGCUUUUGAAGUGGACUUUAGCAUACGGGCAAUAAACAAGCAGCAGGGACUUGGCUCUCUUGGCCUGAAGAAGAAAGCUCAAAGUACUGUCUCCAGCUUGGAUUCUGUUAGGAGCCUUUCUGUUGGACAAGGGCUGCCUGUUCCUCUUCUGCCUUUUCCUAUCAACCCACCUUGCACUUUUGUUUGAUUUGCUUUUGGGUCUUGUUCAUGAUCUCUGUUGCCUGUAAUCUGUAUAACAUGUAUUUGCACUUGAGUCCUUUCUUUAUCUCUCGGGUAUCACAUGUGGUGCCAGGAGGGUAAGAGGAAAAAACCAAACCAAUGAGACAAACCGGCUGGGAACGGGUUGCGGGUGAUGGAGCCGUGUUGCAUUUGCUUGGUGUUGGCCCACUUUGUGCCUUUAGUGCUGGUGGACAAAGGGCAAUCGAUUGUGCUGGCCAAGAAACCAGGAAAUUGAAGCCAUCCUCCUGCGGGUUCUGUCUGGAUCACAGGUUUACAGUUGCCUUACACCACAUCUCUUUUUUGUUAGGUAUAUUUUUACAAUUUUUUCUGUCUUCAGCUUUUGUCUUGCGUUUUAUAUUCUUAACCAUUCCUCUUCCAGUGGAAGGCAUUUUAUGUGGCAGGGAUGUCGAAUGAACAUUUCUGCCUUGAACCCUGCUCCCAUUAAGAUAAGCCCCAAAUUUGCACCUUAGCUACAGGAAAAAAAAUCUUAUUGUACAUGUGACAUGUUUUAGCUUUCUUAGAAGAAGAGCACUGAGUUGCCCCAUGUUUUCAAGUGUGCUGAGUCUUGCUCAUGGUGUGCUCUUUGCCAAUGAUUUUUCUAUAGUGGCAAAUGGAUGCCUACUUGGUGCUUUUAAUAUGCUUUUAGUUGAUGGAUCUUUACAUGGGUGAAGAAUCAAGGUGCAAAUUGAAACUAUUCUGCUAUGACCCUAACCCUGACCCUGCCCAUAUCAAGUAAUGUAGGAGUAAAAAUUCCUGUUUAUUCUGUUGUUCUCUUCUGUGACACCAAGCAAAUGUUUCCAAGAACUAGAUUAACAAACGGACAUUUGUGUUCUUGGCCUGGCACAUCUAAUUCUCUUCCACUGAGGGGAAAAAACACUCAAAUAUUUUGGCCUGAAGCUGUGAAAGAUUCCAGCCGUAUCUUCUGAUUGCAGUGUAUGUAAAUAAUGUAUAUGUACAACAAUGAGAGAGAUAUAUUUCCUUUGCACAAAAGUUGCCUUGUCUAUUUGUACAUAUGUUCAUAAAUAUAUGUGACUUAUUUAUUUAUAAGUUUAAUAUUCUUACGGUUGCUAAUUUAGUAUUCUUCAUCCCAUCUCUCCUGUUUUGAUGCAUUUUUCAUUCUGUACCACUGAAAAAAAAACAUGGGCAGAGAAACCAGGUGUGCUUGACCAUGUGUUCAAAUCUGGAGUAUACUUUUUGAAGUGUGCUUUUUAAAGAUAAUGUGCUAUGCACAGCUGCAUCAGGCUGUUUGAAUCUCCUCUUCAACUUUGAUUUGCAGGUUGUACUUCACUGCUGCUCAUGCCUGAAGGUGUGGGGCUGAUGCCACAAAAGAAUUAAUUACAUUGAGUUUUGCUAUAGUUAUGCCAGUAGCUAACAUGGUGGGGACUUAUUUCCCCUGUAUUUAAUUUUUGGCAGCAUCCCUUCCUAGUUACAGCACAGCAUGUGUUAAUCAUUCCCUUCGGUGUGCACACAGCAUGCUUUGACUAGUUCAGUAUGGCAGCCAGUUCAGUAUGGUAGAUUUGAAAUUACUUGCUGCUGUGAGUUCUUAACCUCAUGUUUGCAUCACUUUAGCAGACUUGCAAUGGCUUGUCCAAGCUCAGAAGCACAACCAGGUCAUGUAGCUGUACAAAAACCUGAUUGUUCAUAGCCUAAAUUCCCAUGGGAAACGCCUUGGACAAAUUGAAGAAAGGAAGUCUCUAUGGGUUUUUCUUUUCGGUUAAUAACACUAACUGUAAUGAUUUGGGGACCUUAAAAUGAGCUCUGAAUAGGGUUUUGCUGGUGUAACACUUAACAUGGAGGCAUUCUUGAAAGCAGGGGGGGUCUGGUUGACCUAGAGGGACAACCAUGGUGCCUCCCUUUGUCAAACUAAUGAAGUAUCAUUUUCCUCCCUUGGUUGUUGAGUAGCAGCUUUAAGGCUUUCCUGGGCUUUUUAUCAAACAGGAAGGAUCUCUAGAGUAGCAGGAGGUCUGUAGAAACCCCUGCUUAUUGCCUGGACCCUGUUAAAAUGGUCCCUUUCUGAACUUCACACAUCAGGUUCUUUUCUCCUUCUGGCCAUUUCUGUUUGCCUGUAUUCUGAAUUCUCUGAGCUUGAACCCUCCUUGCCUACCAAGUAUUAGUAAUGGUGCUACCUGGAACCAAAAAGUAGAUUUUGAGAGGGAAACAGCAACUACCUCUUGGCUUUUGUUUGUGUGCAGUAGCCCAGUACUUUGGUCUGUAGUGCUUUUCAUGAGGCUGUUCAGCUUUCAAACGGUAGAGCCCCCUGUUUAUUAAAUUCUGCCAUAGGGGAAUCAGAGCUGUUCCCUGGGGUGACUGACUCAGCUAGUUUUCAGGAUAGUCAUGUUAAAACCUCCACAAUUUUCAAGGUGUAAUUUUGUCAAUAGGCAGAAAACUUGUGCAGGAUUGUUUAGAAAGCAGUGUAGAGGAAGAGUGAACUUUUGCUUUGCUGUUUGCAUCAGUGUGGCAAAUUCCUUGCAGAAUGACCUGCAUCUUGGUGAUUGGCAGGGCCCUUCCUGUGCUUUUAUACUUGCACAAGUUGAUGUUUUGUCCUUGCUGGCUUAGGCAAAAGGACUCCAGGGGAAGCCCUUUUAACUUGGAACCUUGAUAUUUCCCUUCUGACUACUUCCUCUUGAAACUCGAGGGAUCCAGGUUUCUCCCUUGAAUGUUGGUCGACACUAAAUGUUGCAAGUCCCUUAAAAGUAGGUAUGGAAGGGGCAGACCAUCAGACUGAAGCAUUUAGGCCUCUUGUUGAACUCCCCUGAAGCCUGUAGGUUAUAUACAAGCACAUGGUGGAUGAGAAAUGUCCUUGCAGCUACACUGAGCUGGAACUUUUAAAAAUUUGAUGUAUCCUGCGCUAUUCUGUGCUGAAGAUAUUUCCCCAUAUUAUGAUUUAAGUUUAUUAAUAAAUAUUUAAAUAUACUGAAA